UGCACCUUUAGUGAUUAAAGUCAAAAUUAAUUGGACAAAAGGGAGUCUGAAUUGUUUUGUUAUCACAAAUAUAUAUCUAUAUCACCUUAAAAGUUGUAUCAAGAUGAAGUUUGCAAAAAUAAACAUUGCAGCCAUACUGUUUAUUUGCAUAUCAUACGCACAGGCCAAGUGUUUCUGCGAGCAAAUUACAACGGUUGUCAAUGGACAAAAUGUGUCUUCCUGCAAGCCGUACUCUAUGUACUUCCCAGCUUUUUCUUCUAACAGUAAAGACAUUGACGAAUGCAAAGAUGAGCCAUAUCUAUGUGAACAGGUUUGUACCAACACCAUUGGAAGCUACACCUGCUCAUGUAAUACUGGAUAUGUCGUGUGGAAAGUGGACCCUAGGCGGUGUGUCGACAUCGAUGAAUGCAGUGCUCAGCCAAGCCCAUGUCAACACAUUUGCAUCAACACAGACGGAAACUUCACUUGUUUAUGUAAACCUGGAUUCGACGUAAAUAGCAGGGACCGAACAAAGUGUGAUGCUCGACCGGAUUAUGUUUCUCCUUAUGAUCUCUGUGUUCCGUUAUCAAGUGAAAUAAUAAAAACCCGAAGCGCUACAUCAGCCCUGAAAUGCUACUCAGCUUGUAGGGCAGAACAUUGCUACUCUUUCAAGUUUGCCGAUGGUCUGUGUACAACCAAGCUCUAUGCUGGCAAUGCUGUAAAUGUCAGUCAAAAUGUAGUUGCAGGAUCAUUUCUCUCAUGCUACAAUGAGUACUCACAGUGCACUUUAUAUAGCGAUGUAGAUUCUUACAUACCCCUCACUGACAAGGCUCACGAGGAUUGUUUUUACUAUUGCCGUGGAAAUUACAAUUGUAUCGGCUAUCACUACUACCCAAACCCUUUAUGUAUUAUUACUUAUCCGAUUGGAUCCAGUUUUGACAUAAAGAACAUUCCGGUGGACACAUUUGUCUAUCUUAAAUGUGAUAAAUAAAACAGUUGGGGAAGACAGGUCUACACAGAAAGCAACAAUGUACUGCUGGACACUCGACAUUUGUCGAACAAACUGCUUAGACGACUUGUCUACAUAUUGGAAACAGUUGAAUAAAGACUUGCAUUCUGAUCGUAUUGUCCUCUUUUAUUUUAUUUUUUUAGUCAGUGAUACACUUGAGACUGUAGAAUCGUGUCAGAAAUAUGCAGGCGUGUGUUCUUAAAGAAUCAUGAUUAAUGUACAAUGCAAAAAUUACAGAAUACACUAUAAGUAUGUUUAA